AGAGAGAGAGAGAGAGAUCACGAGAGAGAGAGAGAGAGAGAGAUCACGAGAGAGAGAGAGAGAGAGAUCAGAGAGAUCACGAGAGAGAGAGAGAGAGAGAGAGAGAGAGAGAGAGAGAGAGAGAUAAGUGAGAGCCAUUCAAAAUGCUAA